ACCCACCUGAGAAAAAAAGGGGACGAAGAUGACGACAAUGGCGGUCCGUGCAACUGAGGUUUCGAUCUCUGCCAUUUUCGUGGGGCUUCUGCUUCUUCUCUCUGCAAGCGUCGUGAAUGGCGAGGUUCAUUACCGUGAUUUCGUGCUGACGGAGAAAAACUACACGAGGCUGUGCAGUACGAAGAGCAUGUUGGUCGUUAACGACAGCUUUCCGGGACCGACCGUUUAUGUCAGGAAAGGCGACACUUUGUACGUGAACGUCUAUAACCAAGGUAGCUACGGCAUCACCAUCCACUGGCACGGAGUGAACCAGCCGAGAAAUCCGUGGUUCGACGGGGCCGAGUACGUGACACAAUGCAAUAUUUUGCCGGGGACGAAUUUCACGUACCAAGUCUUGUUCUCGGAAGAGGAGGGGUCGCUGUGGUGGCAUGCUCACAGCGAGUGGGCGAGAUAUAGUGUUCAUGGGGUCAUCGUCAUCCAUCCCGUCGACGGAACGUCCUACCCAUUCCCGCGACCCGAUGGCGAGAAAGUGAUCGUACUCGCAUCUUGGUACACGGAGGACGUUUACGCGACCAUCGCCGAGAGGCUCGCCGAAGGAGCGGAUUUACUGGUGUCGGAGGCUUACACCAUCAACGGUGAACCUGGAGACUUCUGCGAAUGCUCCAAUGAAACAACACACAGGUGGACGAUCGAUUAUGGCAAAACCUAUCUCCUCCGCCUACUCAAUGCCGACAUGAAUGCGGAGCUCUUCUUUGCAAUUGCGGACCACAAUGUCACCGUCGUCGGCUCUGACGCGGCGUACCUCAAGCCUUUCUCCUCGGAAUUCGUCUUGAUUAGUCCCGGACAAACCAUAGACGUCCUGCUCACGGCAAAUCAGCCUCCGGGUCAGUAUUACAUCGCCUCUAGGCAAUACUACAGCAACAUGUUCAAAUACAGCGGGUACGAUCACACCAACGCGACAGCGAUUCUAGAGUACAGUGGAAACUACACUUCCCCGUCGACUCCCUUUUUCCCGUCCGGUCUUCCGCCGUACACGGACUACAAAGCAGCGACGAGCUUCGUGCAAAGUAUGCGGAACUUAGUCAAUCCCGCUGAUGUUCCGAUGGAUGUAACCACUCGCAUGUUCAUCACCGUGUCGCUCAACCAAUUCAUGCUCAAAAUCAAUGAUACGACUGACGAAGCUUACCCAUCUGCUAGCGUAAACAACAUCAGUUGGUAUAAUCCUUGGACCGACGUACUACAAGCAUAUUACAGGAACAUCAGCGGCUUCUACACGACGGAUUUUCCCGAUGAUCCGCCGACUUUCUUCAACUUCACCCAGCAUGACUUGCCUCUCAACACCACGGCUGAACCGGAGAGAGGGACGAAGGUGAAGGUGCUCGAGUACAACGAGGAGGUGGAGAUAGUGUUUCAGAACACCGACGUGAUGAACUCGUCCGAGAACCAUCCGAUGCAUCUCCAUGGCCAUAGCUUUUAUGUGCUCGGCACAGGGUUCGGCAUCUAUAACAACGAGACCGACCCUCUAACGUUCAAUCUGGUCGAUCCGCCUUAUCAAAACACCGCUUCAGUGCCGAAGGACGGAUGGCUUGCCAUUAGGUUUAGGGCGAACAAUCCAGGAGUGUGGCUAUGGCACUGUCACUUGGAUAAACACCUCACUUGGGGCAUGAACGCCGUGUUCAUCGUGAAAAACGGCGGCACCGAGGACACCAGCAUCCGCGAUCCCCCGGCCUAUAUGCCCCCAUGCCGUCCCGACUCCAGACUCCGGCUCGACGAGUUCUCUGGUUCGGGUGAGAAGUUGUACUUGACUUCGAUGUGAUCAGAAUUGAUACCCUUUUCGAGGCAUUAGCACAGAAACUCUCUCUUCCUUUGCCGCCGUCUACAGUGCUAGUAAAUAGUUCGCCGAGCGCAUAGGACGUCGGUCCUUGAAAAUAGUUUGAUUGUGCAAUAAUUACUCGAUUUAGUCUACUUAUUGGCAUAAUUUUAUGUUCAUAUUAAUGGCGGCCCCUGGCCUGUCUAUGAAGCCUGUCGAUGAAUUUGACAUGAUUUCAGCUUCUUCUUCUUA